UUUUUUUUUGGUGGGAGAGCGGAAGUUGGGUGGUUGGUUUUUUUUUGAGGCCGCAGAGGAUGGAAAGCGGGCAAGCCGUGGAGGAGGAGGUGGACCUCGUCGUGAAGAGCCCCGCGCAGCGCCACCCGGACCUCCUUCUCUCGGCCCGGCGCUCCUGGAGCGUCCGGCGCCUCAAGGCUGAGCUGCGAUACCUUCACCCGGAUGAACCGCCUGAAGAAGCUCAGCGGUUGAUCUACUCUGGAAAGUUGUUGCCCGACCAUCUCUUCCUGCAAGAGGUCCUCACCAAGGAGACCGUCCACGCUCUUCAUUUGGUGUGCAAUUCUAAGAACCUGCCCACGAUGCCAGGAACGGAGCCGAAGGUGGCUGAAGCCAAGGAGCAGUCCACAGCAUCGGGCCAAAAUCCUUCGGCCCUUCCUCCAAGCUCUGCUCCCAGCCAAGGACAGGCUGCCCCAGACCCGCCUGUGACCACAGAGGAAGCUGACACGAGAUCUCCGAUGACUCCAAAUCCUUUUCAAGCGAUGAGCUCCAGUUAUUCCUCCUACACCACAUACCAUAUGCUGCAGUUUUGGUUCCAUCAACUCUACACAAGGCAGUACUACAUGCAGUACAUGGCUGCCAACGCUCAUGCGGGUGACUUGUCCUCUGCACGAAGUUCCCAGGAGAUCUCGGUGGCUCCAGUGACCCCUCCAGCACCUCUCCCCGGUCCGUUCCCUGCCGAAAACCCCCCGGUAGAUCAAAACGCUCAAGCCCCUCAAGCCAACCCCGGAGUGAACCCAAACCUGCGCAUGAAUGCCCAGGGAGGACCCCUCAUGGAGGAAGACGAAGAAGUCAACCGCGAUUGGCUGGACUGGCUCUAUUCGGCAACCCUCUUCUACGUCUUUGUCAACAUCGUUUACUUUUACUCCAGUAUGAGCAGGUUCCUCAUGGUGAUGGCCGGCACCCUCCUCAUGUACCUGCAUCAGGUUGGCUGGUUCCCUUUCAGAAGGCCUGCCCAGCCGCCACCACCACCACCGAACAAUGUUCCUGUCCAGGCUGCUGUUAAUCAAGAUCAGAAUAACAAUUUACAACAGGAGGAAAACCCAGGAGAACAAAAUGAGACGGAGAAUUUGGAGGCCGCCCGCGAGAACCAGCCAGCCCCAGCUGUUUCCUUUAUGAGCACAGCAUGGCUUUUCUUCAAGACUUUCUUCGCCUCCCUCCUGCCAGAGGGGCCUCCAGCUGUGGCCAACUAACUGGGCACAUAAACUUCUUCCUCUUUCUCUUCUCCGGACACUGGCUUGAAUGUCCCCUACGUGGGCGAGGAUGGUUGGAUCAAAGGGGGGGGGUGGGUGCGAAUGUAGACUUUGGACGUGAAAGACAGACGUGGCUGGGCGUGCAAUGAGAUGCUCGCUCAGAGCUUCAAGGAAGAGAAUAGACCACCGAAGAAGCCACAGCUUUAGAGAGCUGUGAAGCUUUGUUACCUCAGCUGUUUUGGGAGCCAAGAGAGGCAGAGUCCUUCUGCCGGGACCAACUUGAUUCCAGUUGGAGUGGAUCUCCCGCUUGCCUACGCGGAGUGUGCAAUCUUGUGCAACCAGAAUAUUUAGAGAGAGAGAAAAAAACUGCACAGAGGAAGUUAUGAAGAAGAGCCGUUUCUUAAUUCCUGACAACGCGUGUAAAAAGAUAAGGUGUAAAUAGCUUUUUUCACAGAAGGUAAAAGUUGAGCCUAUUGAUACUACACAGGUGGGCAACCGAAGUCCCCUUUACGACAUGCGGACUUCCAACUCCCAGAAUUCCUGAGCCAGCCAUGCUACCUCAGGAAUUCUGGGAGUCGAAGUCCGCAGGUGAUAAAAGGGCCCAUAGUUGCCCGGCCAUUGCUACACAGUGUAGCAGAAAGUAUUUUCCUAGGUUUCAAGCACGAGGUUUUUUCCCUCCCUACUUUGCCAAUUUACCAAGCUAACCCAAGUUCCGGACGUGUGUCUUCGGAUAGAUCAAAUUGCAAAUAUGACUUCUUUCCAGCAGCUUCCUAUUUUGCAGCAAUCUACUGAACCUUAUAAGUUCUUUUUGUCAUUACAUUUCAAAGUUAAGAGAGAGAAAUGGGAGUUGUGCAAAAGAAGACUUGUUCCCUCCCCUCUCUCCCCUUCCUCUCCCCUCGUCUCCUUUCCUCCCUUCCCUCCCUUCCCAUCACGCAGAUUUUUCACCCAAGUCCCUGCAGGUUAGCCAUACAUAAUUGUGAAUGAAUACUGCUAUUGGGAAUACAUUAAAAAAAAUUGGCCUGAAUCUGAAGUCCGGAGCCUAACUGGAGGCUCUGACACUAGGAAAAGAUAGGAGGGAUAUUUUGUGUGUGACCUUUGCUCCCAAGUUACAGUCCGAAUCCCCCAGGGAUGGGUUAGAGUUGAGUAAGAGGGUUGCUCAAAAUUACUGUUGAUUUUGCAAAUAGAAGUUUGAAUCCAGGCUGUGCGAUUUUGAGCAUUUUUGGAUCAAAAGAUUGUGUGGGCCUCUCCCAGCCAUGUUGGGAGUGGCAGUACAAUAUCGGAAUCAUAGUGGGAGUUGCCGGUACACAAUUGCUGUGAUGAUGUGAUCUCUAUCACUCAUGACUGAUGCACAUUAAGUGUGGUGGUGAUGGUCUCCUCCCACUCCUAGAUGCCCAGGGUCUCCUAGGAGGGGGAAAAUAUUCUUUUAACACCUGCAUUUAACUUGGACAUUUUAAUACAAGCAAAAGAACAUUCUGAUUAAUUGGUCUGCUUACAAUGCUCAGAUUAACACCCCACCCCCCUUUCCACUUCAGAUACUUUGCCUGGAACUCCCUAUAGAAUUGCAUGAUUUUUUCCAAAGUCAUUCUUUUCCACUCAGGGAUUAUUUUGCAUAUAAAAACAUUUUUUCCCAUUUCUGUGUUUGGCUUUCAGGAUGAUGCUGAAAUGGUGUGUUUUCGCUAUUGUGGAUUGUAACUUGGAUGAUUUCUCUUUCACUUAUCUACUCUUAACGUUUCAUAAGGACAGUCACACGAUGGCUGGGCUUUUUUUUCUUUACAUUAUUAAACAAAGUUUAAUAUA